AGGGCGAAGGGAAGCGAACAGUCCGACUUCACAGGAGCCAGGGACGGCGUCCAAGCUGAAUCCGCCGGGCCUGCUGACUAUGCCCCGGAGCCCCACCUCCAGUGAGGAUGAGAUGGCUCAGAGCUUUUCAGACUAUUCCGACGACUGUGCUUCUGACAGCUCCCGCGAAGAAACCAUUUACGAGACCAUAAGGGCCACCGCCAAGCCAUCGCAGCACCACAUGGACGACAUUCACACGAACUCACUGGUCAUCCGUGUCGUCAUCCCUGACCUGCAGCAGACGAAAUGCAUGCGGUUCAACCCGGAUGCAACGGUCUGGGUUGCCAAGCAGCGGAUCCUCUGUACGCUCAAUCAGAGCCUGAAAGACGUCCUCAACUAUGGGCUUUUCCAGCCAGCUAGCAACGGGAGAGACGGCAAGUUCCUGGACGAAGAGCGCAUCCUUCGAGAGUACCCUCAGCCAAUCAGCACGAGCGUCCCGUCUUUGGAGUUCCGCUACAAGAGCAGAGUCUACAGGCAGCCAAAUGUGGACGAGAAACAGAUCGCCAAACUUCAUACAAAGGCCAAUCUGAGGAAGUUCAUGGACCUCAUCCAGCAUAAUCAGGUGGACAAAGUGUCUAAGUUGUUGGAGCGAGGCUUCGAUCCCAACUACCACGACAGUGAGACUGGCGAGAGCCCGCUGACGUUUGCAGCACACCUGGACAAUGUGGUGGAGUUGAUCAAGGUGCUGAAGAAUGGAGGAGCUCACCUGGACUUCAGGGCCAAAGACGGCAUGACUGCCCUCCACAAAGCUGCAAGGUCCAAGAACCAGGUCACGCUCACGACCCUGCUGGAGUUGGGAGCCUCUCCGGACUACAAGGACAGCCGUGGUCUGACUCCCCUGUAUCACAGCGUGGUGGUGGGUGGAGACCCAGGCUGCUGUGAGCUGCUGCUGAACCACCACGCUUCUGUCUGCUGUCAGGACGAGAACGGCUGGCACGAGGUUCAUCAGGCUUGCCGUCAUGGCCAUGUGCAGCACCUGGAGCAUCUGCUGUUCUAUGGAGCAGACAUGAGUGCCCAGAAUGCCUCGGGAAACACUGCUCUACACAUCUGUGCCCUAUACAACCAGGAUAACUGUGCCAGAGUGCUGCUUGUUCGUGGAGCUGACAAAGAAGUGAAAAACUACAACAGCCAGAGUCCAUUUCAGGUCGCCAUUAUCGCCGGGAACUUUGAGCUCGCCGAACUCAUCAAGAACCACAAAGAGACAGAUAUAGUGCCUUUCCGCGAGGCCCCAGCCUACUCCAAACGCCGCCGGGGUCCAUCUUCUGGCAACAGCAGCGGAAACAGCCAGUCUCCGUCCUCGUUAUCAGCGCCACGGGUCCUCCUGCGCUCCAACAGUGACAACAACCUAACGGUCAGUCAGUACCAGCAGCAGCACGGGUCUCCUGGCAACUGGGCCCCCCAGCUGCAGCAGCACCAACACGCCCAGGCUCACCCGCUCAGGGCCCCCCAGCAGGGUCACUCACAGCCUGGCUCCUCAGCAUUACAUCGCAGCCUGUCACCCCAGCUGCUCCAGCAGAUGCCCAGCGGCAGCCCCAAUGGCACCGUGGUGGUCCGGACCAUGGGGAGGGGGGCGAGGAGCCGGUCACCCUCCCUCAGCCGGCUGGGGGAGCGCGGGGUUCCCUCACAGCGUCAGCCCAGUCCCAGCAGUCAUGGUGAGGGGGUAGGCACCAGGAGGAAGCUGUACAGCGCGGUUCCUGGGCGACAUUUUGUGGUGGUUCGUCCUUACACCGCUCAGGCUGAGGGCGAGAUCAACCUCUACAAGAGCGACAGGGUCAAAGUUCUGAGCAUCGGAGAGGGGGGUUUCUGGGAGGGCAGCGCCCGUGGCCAGAUGGGCUGGUUUCCAGCCGACUGUGUGGAGGAGAUCCCGGCCAAGGCCACCGACGAGAGGAGCUAUUCCCGAGCGGACCGCGCCGACAGACGGAAGCUCUUCAGACACUACACUGUGGGCUCCUACGACAGCUUUGAUGCCUCCAGUGACUGCGUGGUGGACGAGAAGACGGUGGUGCUCCAGAAAAAGGAGAAUGAGGGAUUCGGCUUCGUCCUGCGAGGAGCGAAAGCGGAUACACCCAUUGAGGAGUUUACUCCCACGCCUGCCUUCCCCGCCCUGCAGUACCUGGAGUCGGUGGACGAAGGAGGAGUGGCAUGGCAGGCCGGACUCAGAACGGGGGACUUCCUCAUCGAGGUAAACCAAGAGAACGUGGUGAAGGUGGGCCACAGACAGGUGGUCAACAUGAUCCGCCAGGGAGGCAACCGGCUCCUGAUCAAGGUGGUGACAGUGAGUCGGAAUCUAGACCCCGAGGACACAGCACGCAAAAAAGCUCCUCCGCCACCAAAGAGAGCCCCCACCACAGCCCUGUCUAUGCGCUCCAAGUCGAUGACCUCUGAACUGGAGGAACUUGUGGAUAAAGCCACUCUAAGGAAAAAGAAAGGUGAUGCGCAGAAGAAGAGGAUUGUUUUCCAAGUCACUCUAAACAAGGUUGAAGAGAUGACGCACGCCCAGAAGACCUCACCCGUUGACACGAAGAUUGCCACAAUCAAACCACGCCCAUCCAGUCGCUGCUUGGUUACGCCUACUGAUAUGAACUCCCUGUAUCAUGACCGCCAGGGAGUAGCAGUGGUGCCACCCACUGUGCCAGGAGCUUUCCUGGGGAUACCUGAGAAGGGCACUAUGAAAAAGCAAAAGUCAAUAGGUACAACAGAGGAUGAGAAACAGGGAUUCCUCACACCUCCCCUGCUCAAGUUCUCCCGCAGCCUGUCUAUGCCCGACACUUCAGAGGACAUCCCUCCUCCCCCCGCCAUUUCACCCCCUUCGCCGCCAGCCUACAACUCAGCUGCUGGCCCUACGCCCAAAAGCUAUGGCACCACAAGACCAAGCUUCACCCAGAACUCACCCAAUGCAGUGACGACCAUUAGCCGAACCACCGACGUUGGUACGUUGAGGCGUGGCUAUUUCCGGCAGAGCUCAGAGCAGUUUGAGAGCACACGUACUCGAGGACGCACGCCAGUGCCCGAGAACCCUUACUCUGAGGUGGGCAAUAAAACACUGUAUGUUCCAGCGAAACCAGCUCGAAGGAAGGGCAUGCUAGUAAAGCAGCCCAAUGUUGAGGACAGUCCUGAGAAGACAUGUCACAUGCCAGCAAGCCCCUCUGGUCCCGUUUCCAUGCCUACCACGCCUGUAGAACGAACAUGCUCCUCCAUCCCCAUCCCCACAAUCAUUGUGAAGGAGCCCUCCACCAGCAGCAGCGGCAAGAGCAGCCAGGGUAGCAGCAUGGAGAUCGAGCCCACCACUCCUGAACACCCACCUCUCACGCCCACUGUUGGUGGAAGCGGAGGUCUGCGUCCUGAGGACCCUCUUUCCCUAAGCAACCCCUUUGCGGCAGCUAUUGCCGGGGCAGUCCGGGACCGGGAGAAGAGGCUAGAGGCAAAAAAGAACUCAAUUGCCUUCCAGUCAAUAGACAUUGGGGAUGAUGAGUUGAGUGGUCCCAUGCCUACCCCUCGCCUUCGCCAGUCAAAGUCCAUCGACGAAGGCAUGUUCAGUAGUGAUGAGCGUCUUCGAAGGAUAUUAGCGCCUCCCACAGCACAGCUCGGGCCCCCUGUUGGCGGUGGCAGUGGCAACAUGACAGAUUUUAACACUCCUGAGCCCACAGUGGUGCGGGAGCCUCUAAACACCAGAACAGGCCAGUGUCCCAACUUGGACAGUCCCGUUAGUCUCCCAGCCACUCCUCCUAAGAGCCACUAUAGGGCCAAUGGGACCUACCUCCAUCCUGUCACCGGCAAGCCCUUGGACCCUAAUUCUCCUCUAGCUCUGGCCUUGGCAGCUCGUGACCGGGCUAUGAAGGAGCAACAAAACCAUCCUCAGAAUCAGCCACCAAAUCCUCCUCAGGUUCAGCAAACCCCCAAGCACGAAGCCCAGUCCCUUCCUAUUCAGCCAAGCCACAAACCAGACCUCAACCAACCUCUGUUUAUUGACACCAAACUACGCUCGGGUAUCGAAACAAGUUUUGCUGCGAUCUCCACAGCAACCAUGGGGCGGCCUGGCCGAGGCGGCCUGCGGAGGCAGAUGACAGAGCAGAAGUAUGAGUCUGAUGGAGCACGGGAAGAAAGGCAGCAUCAGGCAGCUGAGGAAAGGAAAAGCGCGCCAGCGGAUGUGGCAGACACAUCAAAGCCCAAGUCAGCCGGGCUGUUGAUGGUCCACACCAGCACAGAGGCAAGCAACAAGGUGAACAACCAAGAGGUGGAGGGGCAGGACAGCAACAGGCCAUCUGAGCUGAAGGACCCCAACCAUCCGGAUCCUCUCAAUGCCCCAACACUGUCCUCUAAUCCCCAGCCGCCCUCGUCACGGAGGAGGAGCAUUCCCUUAGGUGAAUCUAUGGAUGAACCAGUAAAGCUGCCCUUCCGCAUCCCCCCUCCCCCUCUGGCCUCUGUUGACAUUGAUGAGGAAUUUGACUUCUCAGAGCCCCUCCCCCCACCGCUGGAGUUUGCCAACAGUAUUGACAUUCCUGAUGACCAGGCUAGUGCCAUUGCAGAGAUGCUUCAGCAACAGAGACGGAAUGGGGGACCUCCUCUACCCCCGUACCACGCUCACGCCCCUCCACCUGUCACCGAUCAACACAAACGGGUGGCAAACAGCAUGCCCCCCUCGUAUCCUCCUCCUCCACCUGACCCAGAGUCAGGAGUGGGUGACUCGGGCAUCGAAGAGGUAGACAGCCGCAGCAGCGGGGAUCCUCAGCACAUGGAGACCACCAGCACCGUUUCCAGCAUCUCCACCCUGUCGUCAGAGGGAGGCUUCUGCGACAGCGCUCUGGAGAGCCUCUACGCCACCGCAGAUGGACAUGCCUUCCUGGUGGAUCGACCCCCUGUGCCACCCAAACCCAAGGGCAAGUCUGUCAUCAACAGAACAUCUCUUUAUCAUGACGCUCUCAUCGAAGAGCCCCCAGAGUCCUAUGGGUCACCGCCUCAGGCCCCUCCCCCUCCCCCUUCAUCCACUGAACCUCCUAGGACUCCAACUCAAAGGACAUCCAAGCUGUGGGGCGAUCAGCCCCCUGAGCUGUGCAGCCCCCCAUCCACACCGGACACCAAGAACACCGUCAUCACCGAGCUCAGCUCCAUUCUGCAGCAGAUGAAUCGCGACAGGCCGCCCAAGCCAGGAGAAAGCCUUGACUCCCCCACUGGGACCAGGGGGGCCUUUGGAACAAGGCCUCCCACCGAAGACUCAGGAAUGCGUAAUAACGCCGCCGCUGCUGCCCUCACCUCCACCCCGCCCAGCAGCCUCCCAUCCCAGCCACACCCCUGCAGCCCGCCAGACUCCGCCUCCUCCCUCACACCCUGCUCUUCACUGCCGCCCUCCGUGUCGCCCACCCUCACUGACGUCUUUGGCCUGCCCACCCCGCCCAUGGGCAGCGGCGGCGGCUACAGCCUGAGCUCCUCGUGUGGCGGCAGCGGCAGCUCACGCUCCCCGUCGCCGCUCACUCUGAUGCAGGCGGUGGCGGCCUCGGGAAAGCCCUUCGCAUCCAAGCCCAUGGAGCUGUGGAGCAAACACGACGUGGCGGACUGGCUGGAGAGCCUCAACCUGGGAGAGCACAGGGACGCUUUCCUGGACAAUGAGAUCGAGGGCGCCCACCUGCCCUCGCUGCAAAAAGAGGACCUGAUAGACCUGGGCGUGACGAGGGUGGGCCACCGCAUGAACAUCGAGAGGGCCCUCAAGCUGCUGCAGGACAGAUAAGCCCAGAGGAGACAGGGUGGCGACGUGUGGAGUCAGGGCCGAGGAGAGGGAGGUGUUACCGAUCACUUUUACCAACCUCUUCAUCAGACAUAAUCUCAAGUCGUGGAACUGGGUAGAAGUUUUGUCCAAACUGAUGCUGCCUCUUGCUGUUUUUGUCCUCUCUCAUCCUCCGUUGUCGCCCUCAUCUCAGUGCUCCGGUCUUGUCCGCCCUCUUCCUCCUUCCCACCAUCCUGAGCAUCAGGGGAUCAUGGGAUGUCUGGAGGAACUGCAGAGGGAGAGAGAAGAGAAUAGCUGCUAUGUUACAUCAUGGAGAGGGAAAGCAGAGGAGGCCAGUAUGAAGGACUGUCCAGAAAACAAAGAACUCUGGGAAAGUUUGUCCUCUAACACUGGAAAAAAAAUACUCAUCUGGAAGUUUAUUUCACAUAAAGACUCGUGCUCACCCAACUGCUUUGGAAUACUAAAGACUUUUUCCAUACACCCCAGUGGGGGUGCAUGAAAAACCAGCUGAGCUGGUCGUUGCUCCUUUUCUAUCUUUGCUAGAGUUUGUUCAGAGAAUAAUAUUUCUUCACUAGAGUCCUACCGGAGUUAUAUUUCUGGUUGCAUCUGAAGUUGUAGAGAAAAAUUUGAGAUAGACUCCAUUUUUUUUGCUUUUCACCUGUUUGUGUCAAAAUAAGAACAUUAGCUGACAUGUUUAAACAAACACUAAACCAUAUCCCGUGUCCACACACACACACACACACACACACACACUUUAUGCGCAGUGCCACACACUGAAUUCAAACAAGAAUACACACUGUCUUCACAGACAUACACCCCCGAAGCAUGUGUACACACACCAUUGCUGCAUUGGCCUUCUCCUGGGAGAGAGCAAAACGUGGAGAGAGGUGGUCACCAGAGGAGGAGCUCUGCUGCAGCAGGGGCCCUGGGGCCCCUCGUCAGUCUACACCCGUCCGGUGUCCACCUCAGCUUUCACGCAAAACAGAGGCGAGGACACGUGGUACAAGAUGGGCAGACAAAUGUUGGACAGGAAAUAUGCUCACCUUUAAAUGGUUACACCAACUUGUCUGGCUGCAAAGGGCGUCCUGAUCCUCUCUUGACCUGUCCUUUGAGUUUUGUGUGUGUGUGUGUGUGCGAGUAUGUGUGUGUGCGUCUUAAGGCCAGUUUAGCUUUUUCCAUGGAUCCGCUCUGUAGGCCACAGUAUAGGAAACUAGAGCUGUUCUUUACUUUUGUACUUCAUUCUGUCAGAUCCUCUUCCUCCUCACCAAUAGCAGGUCAGCACUAGAUAAACAUGUGGCCCCACAGUAAAGCUCAUGUAUAGACAUCCUGUGUGUAUGUGACAGAAGCUGAGAAAGCUAUUUAGCGGCAUGUUUAAAGGAAUAAUUCAGCAUUUAGGAAAAUACACGUACUCACUUUUUUGCUACGAGCUCGAUGAGAAGCUCAGUUCCACUCUCAGAGCAGUGUGUUCAGCUCAGAGCCGAAAACUUUAUUCAGAGUCACAGUGUGAGCAGAGACUGUUGGUGCAUGACUUUAACACACUCAGUGACGUACAUGAGUCAUGUGACCUAAACGUCACUUGCCACCUGUGAGCGAUGAGGAGACAGGAACCUUCCUCACAUUAACACAUGAACAUUAAAUCCAUAUUUCCAUCAUGGUUUUUCGUCGGAGGCUCUCCUUUCAUGACCUCAUCACGCUCUGCUAUCUUCUUUUCUUUUUUAAUGCCGACUGUAACCGACGUUCAUGUGAAGGCCCAACUCAAAGAUUCAUUUGAAUUUUUCCAAAAUUUCUAUAAAUUCAGUUAAAAUUUGCUCCACGUGUGAAUAAUAACUUUACUAUUGAUUUGUAAUAAUGCAAAAAAAAAAAAAUCCUCAAAAAAACAGUAAACUUCAGGAGGAAACGCUGAAUGAGAGGAUGUAAGAAGCGAGUGGAACAGACCUGAGAUCAGCUCUCUGUGUGAAGCUGGAGCCAGGAAAUGAUUAGCUUAGCUUAGCUUAGCUUGAAGAACCAGGGGGAAACUAAAACUUUAACUGCCGUUAAGUUUCUUAAAUCUCUUUAAUCAAUUUGUCAUAUCUCAGCUUUACAAGUGUUGAUUGGCAGAUUCUGUGUAACAGAGCUGGGCUAGCUGCUUUCCCCUGGCCCCAGUCUUUAUGCUAAGCUAAGCUAAACUAACGGUCACCCAGCAGUAGUUUGAUAACACACUGAUCUGAGAGUGGGAUUAAUCUUCUCAUCUGUUGAAAGUGAAUAAGCACAUUUCCUUAAAUGUCGAACUGUUUAAGGUUGAUGUUCUUAAUGAAUUUGAAUCUUUCUGGAGAUUUUUUUUUUUUUUUGGUUUUCAACAAUUUUAAAUAACACGAGUUGUAAGCAGCCUAAUAUUUAAAGAGCUAAAACUCAAGUUUUAACAGAGAGAUCACAUAUUUUCUAUUUAGCUAAAUGACUACCUGAAGAUUUUGUACAUGGUUCUUUGUUAUUAGAAAAAGAGAUUUAAGAGAUUCGUUAGCAUGAAGCUAACUCAAGCUCGAACCCUGUCAGAUCCAAAAUGAACCAAACAGCAACGCUGCUGUUUAAAGGUACAAUUCUGUGUUUUAGAGCAAAGUCAAAGGGGGACAUACUGUUUUAGACCGAAACAGCCUUCAGCAGUCUGAUUUCUUCCUGUAAAGAAGGCUGGAGACGUGACGCUGUGCUAGCAAAUCUGUCGCAGACUGACUCUGGCAGCCCCUACAAAACCAGACCGUUUGUCUCUGAUGAUAAACAAGAUCCUUUCUCAUGAGUGUAUUUAUCAGCAGGUUCAUGCUUUGUAGAGCGACUUCAGCCAGAUGACAUGAAAUCACGCUGAGAUUUCAGAGCAGAUGGAGAAUCUGUGGCUUCAGGGUUUUAUGUCGAAUUACGUGUUCACAUAAGUCCACACGCCUUCUCCUGCCCUCUAACCACUGUGCAAGAAACAACCAGAGAAUAACAAAGCCGGCAGAUGUUCAUCAGCAGGGCCCCUGUGAGAUUAGACAGGGACAGAAGCCUUUUCUGAUCAGUUGCAGAUGAGUCCCGUGGUCUUAUCCAGUCUCACUGCAGCCUUGGCCGUAGAGACCAGAUUUAAAGUUUGUCUUAAGGGUCCAAUUUAAACCUAAAUCAGCAUUCAUAAAGCUGGAAAUGUGUGUGUUUGCCAGCAGUGAUUACAGGCUGGUCAGAAGUACAGUACAGUAUGUGUUGAAAUGUGUAUAUAAGAGUGUUUAACAGGAUAAAAUGUCUAUUUGAUUAUAUGUAUAGCUCUAUGAAAAGGUUUAGAGUAAAAAAAAAUAAAUUCUAUAAAGGUUCAUUUAUAGUUGCCAGAGCUGACGUGAUGACCAAGCAAUGGUCUCAUUCGCCCCAUCAUCCUGCAGAGGAUGCCUUAAAUAGCUCAGUGUUCCCCUCCUCCUCUACCUGCACCUCUGUCCCCUUCUAUAUCUCCGUAGAGACAGCAGAGUCUUUCAGAUCAAACCUCACAUGUGGUUUGAUAUGUGCUCGAACACCAACAAGUUCACGCUUAUUUGGUUUCAUAUCACACGCCACAGCUUCAUGUAGGUGCAGCUUUUUGAGGAGACAGAUGAAACAUACUCAAGCUCUGUGUUCUGUGAACAUUCUGAGGCUGCACGGGACAAUGCUGCUAUAAUCCUGUUCCUGUUUGAACGUGUAACUUAUUUUAGAACAAACAGCGACGUGUCGGAGGGGAUAGAAAAGCACAGUAUUUUUAAAGAUUUGUAUAGAGUUCUAUGAAAUUUUAUAGAGGUUAUCUGAACAAAACCUGUUCAACACUGACGCGUGGAUUGCCAAAAACAAAUACUAUAUAAAUAAAAAAAAAUGUGGAUAUUAUUAGAGUUAUGGGUUAUGUAAGAAGCAAUAUUUAUUCUGAAUGAAUCUCCUUGGUUGUGUUUUAUUUUCCCAUUUUAAAGUUACAUAUCAUGAUGCAAUCACUUGUCAGUGUUUUAAUGAAGUGUUGCCUAAAGUAGAUUCAGUCUCUACUGCAGUAGUUAAAUAUUUUGGCCAAUCAAGUGACCACAAAACCCAGGUAUCUUCUGACGACCACCAUCUGCCUGACUAGACUUCUCUCAUCUUCUGAAAUCCCUGAGUUUAGAGUGUGUGUAUAAAAAAAAUAAAAUAAAAAAAUCUGUAAAUUUUUUAAAAAUAUAUAUCUGCAGGCCAUUUCAGUAGGAAACUAUAUGAAACCUAUAUAUAUGUAUACAUACAGAUAUCCACCAAAAAGAUUAGCGGUGGGUGUUGACUCGUUCCUGCAGAUCAGCAGGUCACUGUCAGUUUUCUCUGUGGAAAUGUAGAGCUGAGUAGAUGUAGUAGGAAUCUUUAAAGAGCAUCACCGUGGUGUGGAGCUUCACCAGGCCAUGUGUAGGACAGGCAUGGCCUCACUAACCCACUUCCACUCCCCUUCAAAACACUGGUCCCACCUUUAUCAUUGUCCAACAUUUGGCUGUUUCUUUUUUUUCUUUCUUUCUCUUAAUUAAUUCCUUUUUUUUCAUUAAUAGAUUUUAUUCUUUGAUUAAGUCUUCAUAGAGGCUAAGAUGUUUUCGGUAAUUUGUGCAAAGACUUGUGUUCAUGUUUUCUAUGUUGCUGUAAUUUUGUGCUACUAAAUCAUCAUAGAGUCAAUUAAUUACUGAGAUGAAAAGAGAGAGAAUUUUCCUGUAACUACACUCUUCCUCCCCCUGCCCCUCAAAUCCUCAAGACUUCUUGUAU